AUGGAGUGUGAACUGCUGGCCCGGAUCUGGGCUCGUGUUCUAUCUCCUAACCACGCCGACGAGGGUCGCCAGGUGCCCAGGGCGCCUGACAAGCGACCCACUGGCCAGCGCGUUCUUCGCCGGGCCGGGUCCCAGCACCCUGCAGGUCUCCGCCCUGCCAGGAAAGGAAGCGGCCCCGCCAGGCAGUGGGAUCGGCCGCCGCGUCCCGUCCUCACCCUUGGCCAGGGAGUGGUAGUCGGCCACACCAAAACCGCCAGCCAGGAAAGGGCCAGGGCGCAAGGCUGCCUGCUGCCCCCUGGACGCCAGUGUCCUCUGCCCAGGAAUUUCAAAUCCGCAGAGCAGGGCUCGGCAGGCGCUUCCACCAAACACCCUCCCGAGAGCACCCCGGGAAGACACCUCCUGGCCAGCACCCCUGAUGCUUUGCGGCUGCAGGGGAAAGCAGGAGCCCUAGUUGCCAGGCUUCCCUGCCAUAGGGGAAGGAUGCCAGGGGAGAGGGGGCAGAAGGGACUAGGCAGAGCAGUGGAACCGCCGCCAGGUCGCUGUAGGUCCACGCCGCCAGUCGCGCUGCCAGCCCGCUCAGCGUCCGCCGCCGCCAUGGGAGUGCAGGUGAAAACCAUCUCCCCAGCAGACUGGCGCACCUUCCCGAAGCGCGGCCAGAAUUGCGUGGUGCACUACACCGGGAUGCUUGAAGAUGGAGAGAAAUUUGAUUCCUCCCGGGACAGAAACAAGCCCUUUAAGUUUAUGCUAGGCAAGCAGGCGGUGAUCUGAGGCUGGGAAGAAGGGGUUGCCCAGAUGAGUGUGGGUAAGAAAGCCAAACUGACUAUGUCUCCAGAUUAUGCCUGUGGUGCCACUGGGCACCCAGGCAUCAUUCCACCACAUGCCACUCUCGUCUUCGAUGUGGAGCUUCUAAAACGGGAAUGACAGGAAUGGCUUCCUCCCUUAGCUCCCUGUUCUUGGAUCUGCCAUGGAGGGAUCUGGUGCCUCCAGACGUGUGCACAUGA